UGAUUCUGCAUACAUAUUGGUGUUUAAGUGCAACAAAUGUAUACAAAAACGCAAAUAAUUUUAUUUUGGCAAAGUAGUUGGCAGCAUACAGUAAUGCCCGAUGGUGCAAAGACUUUUUCUGUUUUCUCUGACACGUAUGAACAAAAGUGCGCAUUUUAGUCAGAGAUUUUUGCAGUUCAUUAUUUUGGACUCAUAGCGCCGCUGUUGGCCAGCUAGUUGUAGUGAACCAAUAAGAUUGUGGCACAGACCAAUUCCUCCUCUCAUUAUAUUAACGCAGUCAGUCGAGGCAGAAGGGCGAGACAAAACAAGACGCAUCAGGAUAUUGAAAUCGUUCCUUAUGGUUGGGAUUUUUCACUGGGAGUGUUGAUGUGGUAUGUUCAUUAACGUUUUGUCGAAGAGGAUUGUGCUUCAUUUUGGAAUACGAGCCUUCGCGUCAUUCUCUUUCACCGACGAGGGGAAUACGCUGGGCAGAACAAUGGCGUGGCAAGUAGCGCUGCUGUUUUUCUUCCUUCUCUCUGUCAGCUCGACGCACGGGCAGGCCAGCUACUCCAUCCCCGAGGAAAUGUCAAAAGGGUCUGUGGUCGGUAAUAUUGCACAAGAUUUGGGUUUAGAUCUGAAACGACUAAAAUCGGGGAAGGCUCGCAUCUAUACCGGUGAUAACACGGAAUACAUCGAGCUGAAUAAGGACAGGGGGAUGCUGCUGAUCAAAGAGAGGAUAGACCGAGAGGCAUUGUGUGGCCAGGCGACGCCCUGCGCGCUGCAUUUUCAGGUCAUACUUGAUAAUCCUAUGGAGUUCUACAGUGUUACAGUUGAGAUAACUGAUGUUAAUGAUAACGCACCGAAUUUCAAAAGUAGUGAAAUGGAAUUUAAGAUAAGCGAAUUAGCUCUCCCUGGUGCUAGGUUUGUGCUAGGGAAAGCAAUGGAUUUAGACAUUGGUACUAACGGUCUACUGAGUUAUUCUGUUAAACCCGCAGAUAAUUUCGAUCUUAAAGUACAAAAUGAGGCUGAUGGUGGACAGAAUAUUGAAAUGGUACUUCAGAAGCCUCUGGACAGAGAAGUGAAAGAUCAUAUCACUUUAAUUUUAACAGCUAGUGACGGUGGUAAUCCGAAACUAUCAGGCACGGCUGAGAUACAAAUCACGGUGUUAGAUGCUAAUGACAAUGCGCCUGUUUUUACGCAGGCUAUUUAUAAAACCAGUGUUGUAGAGAAUUCUCCCAGGGAUGCGGUUCUGACCACAGUAACUGCAAGUGAUGCUGACCUGGGUUCCAAUGGCAAAAUAGCUUAUACCAUAACAAACAAAGCAGACGGCAUUUCUGAACUAUUUAGCAUCAACGAGUCAGAUGGAGAAAUAAAAGUCAUCGGUGAUAUCGAUUUUGAAAAAGUUCAGCGUUUUGAAAUACACAUACAAGCGAGUGACGAAGGAGGGCUGUCGGAUUCGUCUAAAGUUAUUGUGGAUGUAGUGGACAUAAAUGAUAACAGACCAGUGAUUAAUGUGAUGUCUAAAUCGCCCGUGCUCUCCGAGGAUGCCAAACCGGGCACAGUCAUAACAAUGAUUAAUAUUCAGGACCAAGACUCGGCAGCAAAUGGCAAGGUGCACUGCAUGACAGACGAGGAUAUGCCCUUUACGUUGAAAUCUACUUCAAAUAAUUUCUUCAGUUUAGUUACUGAUGGUCAUUUGGACCGUGAACAAAAUCAUUUGUAUAAUAUUAGUGUGACGUGUGCAGACGAGGGAGUGCCCUCUUUGUCCAGCAGCAUAUCUCUCUCUUUACAGAUAUCAGAUGUAAACGAUAACGCACCACUAUUUGAGAAAAAAUCUUACGAGGCAUUUAUUCUAGAAAACAACUCCCCGGGCCUGUCUGUAUUCUCAGUGAAGGCUAAAGAUGCAGACUGGAACCAAAAUUCUCGAGUGUCCUAUAUUUUGGAAGAAUCUGUGGUGAAUGGAGUGUCUAUUUCCUCAUUGGCUGUUUCCUCAUUUGUGUCAGUUAAUGCAGAGAGUGGAGUCAUCCACGCCGUGCGCUCCUUCGACUAUGAACAAAUCAAAGACUUUUCUUUUCAUGUAAAAGCGCAGGACGGAGGCUCUCCUCCUUUAACAAGCAGCGUUAAAGUUAAAAUAAUCAUUCAAGAUCAGAACGAUAACGCACCACAAAUAUUGUAUCCCGUGCAGUCCAGUGGCUCAGUGGUAGCUGAGAUUGUCCCUCGUUCGGCAGAUGUAGGCUAUCUGGUCACCAAAGUGGUGGCUGUGGAUGUGGACUCUGGUCAGAAUGCCUGGCUCUCUUAUAAACUACAGAAAUCGCAAGAGAAGGCGCUGUUUGAAGUGGGCGCACAGAAUGGAGAAAUAAGAACCAUCAGACAGGUGACUGAUAAAGAUGCUGUGAAGCAAAAGCUGACUGUUGUAGUGGAGGACAACGGACAGCCCUCUCGCUCUGCUACUGUGAAUGUCAAUGUGGCUUUAGCUGACAGCUUUCCAGAUGUGUUGUCCGAAUUCACUGAUUUUACGCACGGCAAGGAGUACAACGACAACCUGACGUUCUAUCUUGUCUUGGCCCUGGCUGUCGUGUCAUUUCUGUUCAUCGUGUCCAUCAUAGCCAUACUGUCAGUAAAGUGCUACAGAUGGAGACGAGAGAGGAUGUUUUAUAAAUCCAAUGGGCAGCUUCCGGUCAUCCCAUAUUACCCACCCCUUUACGCAGACGUCGGAGGCACGGGUACUUUGCAGCACAUGCACAAUUAUGAGAUUUACCGCACCACAGACUCCCGCAAAAGUGGCCUACAAUACGGCAGACCAUGUGGUGAAAGCAUUGUUAGUCUGGAUAACACUUCCACCUUGCCUCCUGCGCAUAGAGAAAAGCUGAUCGAUGAAGAUUUUGAUGAUGAGGUGAGCUUUAUAUUUUAG